CUGUAUGUCUCCAGUCUCUGGUCAUCUCAUGUACUAUGUCCGAAGUCUCUGGUCAUCUCAUGUACUAUGUCCGAAGUCUCUGGUCAUCUCAUGUACUAUCUCUGUCUCUGGUCAUCUCAUGUACUAUGUCCGCAGUCUCUGGUCAUCUCCUGUACUAUGUCCGCAGUCUCUGGUCAUCUCCUGUACUAUGUCCGCAGUCUCUGGUCAUCUCCUGUACUAUGUCCGCAGUCUCUGGUCAUCUCCUGUACUAUGUCCGCAUUUGUUC